GCAGGAGGGGAUCUGGCCGGUGUCCUCCACGCGGAGCCUGACCUCAGCUCUGUCCUGCGCCCGGGCCUGUGCGCUGGACACGGAGGACUGACUCGGGCGGCCCCAGCCCAGGGCGGAGCAGGGGAACGGCCCCUCCCUGUCGCGGGUCGCAGGCUUGGCCUGGAGGCUGCGCCUGGCCGUGGAGACCUGCUGGGAGGGAGUGCGUCAGGGCGCGGGCGCCCUCCCUGCUCUGUGACUCGCGGCCCGAGGCGCACGCGGGGCUCACACCGCCUGUCCUGGCCUCCGACCCGGGCCGACUAUGGCGGCGCUGCGGCUCCUGGCGUCGGUGGUCGGGCGCGGGGUCCCCGCCGGCGGCUCAGGGCUCGCGCUGUCCCAGGGCUGCGCCCGCUGCUUUGCCACCAGUCCCCGGCCCCGCGCCAAGUUCUACACGGACCCGGUGGAGAUGGUGAAGGACAUCUCUGAUGGGGCGACCAUCAUGGUCGGGGGUUUCGGGCUCUGCGGGAUCCCCGAGAACCUGAUCGCCGCGCUGCUCAGGACCCGCGUGAAAGACCUGCAGGUGGUCAGCAGCAACGCGAGCGUGGAGGACUUCGGCCUGGGCCUCCUGCUGGCCGCCAGGCAGGUCCGCCGCAUCGUCUGUUCCUACGUGGGCGAGAACACGCUGUGCGAGAGCCAGUACCUGGCAGGAGAGCUGGAGCUGGAGCUCACGCCCCAGGGCACCCUGGCCGAGCGCAUCCGCGCGGGGGGCGCUGGGGUGCCCGCCUUCUACACCCCCACGGGCUACGGGACCCUGGUCCAGGAAGGGGGCGCCCCCAUCCGCUACACCCCGGACGGCCACCUGGCGCUCAUGAGCCAGCCCCGAGAGGUGAGGGAGUUCAACGGCGACCACUUCCUUUUGGAGCGCGCCAUCCGGGCAGACUUUGCCCUAAUGAAAGGCUGGAAGGCCGACCGGGCAGGAAACGUGGUCUUCAGGAGAAGCGCCCGCAAUUUCAACGUGCCCAUGUGCAAAGCUGCAGACGUCACGGCGGUGGAGGUGGAAGAGAUCGUGGACGUGGGGGCUUUCCCCCCAGAAGACAUCCACGUUCCUAACAUUUAUGUAGGUCGCAUAAUAAAGGCAGAAUACGAAAAACGAAUUGAGCGCUUAACGAUCACGAAAGAGGAAGAUGGAGACGCCGAAAAAAAGGAUGCCAGGACGCGCAUCAUUAGACGCGCAGCUCUGGAAUUUGAGGACGGCAUGUAAGCCAAUCUGGGCAUAGGCAUCCCCCUGCUGGCCAGCAACUUCAUCAGCCCCAGCAUGACCGUCCAUCUUCACAGUGAGAACGGGAUCCUGGGCCUGGGCCCGUUUCCCACGGAAGAUGAGGUGGAUGCCGACCUCAUCAAUGCAGGCAAGCAGACGGUCACGGUGCUUCCCGGGGGCGGCUGCUUCGCCAGCGACGACUCCUUCGCCAUGAUCCGAGGGGGACACAUCCAACUAACCAUGCUUGGAGCCAUGCAGGUUUCCAAAUACGGCGACCUGGCGAACUGGAUGAUCCCUGGCAAGAAGGUGAAAGGCAUGGGCGGUGCCAUGGACCUAGUGUCCAGUCAGAAGACCAGAGUGGUGGUCACCAUGCAGCACUGCACAAAGGACAACACCCCCAAGAUCAUGGAGAAAUGCACCAUGCCGCUGACCGGGAAGCGGUGCGUGGACCGCAUCAUCACCGAGAAGGCCGUGUUUGACGUGCACAGGAAGCAAGGGCUGACGCUGACGGAACUCUGGGAGGGCCUGACGGUGGACGACGUCAAAAAGAGCACGGGGUGUGCCUUUGCUGUGUCCCCGAACCUCAGGCCCAUGCAGCACGUGGCACCCUGAUGGGACCCGGAUCUGGUCGGGGAGGUGCGCUCCUCAGGGGUCCCACUGGGUUCCCCAGGGGACGUUGGUUACCGCAAGAAUACAUUUCCCCAGCGCUGGGAGGGGUUUGCUGCUGGCCUCCGACUUUCCUCCCUAGGUGAACUAGGUGGACUGUGCUCCUCUGAGAGCUGCGACUUUAAUUAAAAACAAAAGGAAAACAGAUCAGCUCCUCUCUGUGUUCCUCCAGCACUGCAAGGAAGGAGAGGAGUAGGGUGGGGGAGCUUCUUCAGGCCUGCCAAAUGCAGGGCUCUGAACCGAGACCAGUUGUUAGUCCUCUUUCGCCACCCCCAUCUCCCCCAGCCAUACCCAGCCAGGCCCCUGCAAUUUGCUGGGAAAGUAUAUGACAAUCCUGGCUCUGACCCACCUUGCUCUGGGACCUUGGACAGUUGCUGCUCUCUCUGGGCCUUAGUUUCUGCUUCUGUAAAAUGGGAACCCGGGAUUAGCUGCUUCAAGAGUCCCCAGUCAGGCUCGCCUGGCCUGUGAGACCUACAGAGGGGUUCCCAGCACCCAAGGCAGGCCUGGCUCAGAGGGGCUCUGUGAGGGUCUGUGGUGUAACUGAUCUAAUGCAACAUUCUAUCCUGUGUCUGGGAGAACCCCCCAUAAGACCCUUGAACACAGCUGCACAGAAACAAAUAGUGAGGAAAGCCUGCAGGACUGACGGCCUCCCAGGCCCCAUGGCAGGCAGGGCUCCCCAGGGAAUCGCAGGACAGAGCUGCACGUGGAGCCAGGAGGGCUGCCCUGGGCCCCAGGCCGUCCCCAUGUGUCAGCCAGUCCACAGAGUGCCACUCCAGUGCCCGGGCUGGUGACCGUCAUCACCCCACAGAGGCUGCUCUGUUCUCUCCCCGUUGUGACCUCACUUGCCUUUUCCUCUGCGCCCCGGCUCUGUUCCUUGUAUUUCUGCUGCUUCCCCAUAACCUUGACUCACCGUGAACCAAGCUCUGCCCAGUGGAUUCUCUCUGGGCCUCCCUGUCAGCGCCUGCAGCUCACAGCUUCCCUGUCUCAGCAGCUCUUGUCCACGCUCCUUUGUUUGUGGCAGGUGAUGUCACUGGUCAAAGGUUGGUCUCUGGAUUCACUGGUUGUUCAGUCAAGUGGCCAGCAGACACCGGGACUGAGGCACAGCUGCUUAAGGGCUGACCUUUGAGUGGGACUGAGGGUGGGGCAGGCAGUGUCCUUGACCUGUAGGGUGUACUGGAGAACUACGUAGGAAUCAAUACAUCUGAUCUUGCUCUGUCACCCAAGCUGGAGUGCAGUGGUGCAAACAUGGCUCACUUCAGCCUCCCAGGCCCAAACAAUCCUCCUGCCUCAGCCUCCCAAGUAGCUGAGACCACAGGCAUGUGCCACCACACCCAGCUAAUUUUUUUAUUUUUAGUAGAGAUGGGGUCUGUUUCCCAAGCUAGUCUUGAACUCCAGGGCUGAAGCCAUCCUCCAGCCUUACCUUCCCAAAGUGCUGGGAUUACAGGUGUGAGCCACCAUACCUGGCUACUUGAAAGUUGAAAAAAAAAAACGAGGACUUCUUUGCUGGGCUGACAACUGUGUAAAACUUAAAUGGACAGAAUAGCCCAGAAAAAUGAAAAUGUAUGGGAGUUGGAGGGGCUUUAAAAUGGUACUUUUUCUCAAAACUUUAUCAUUGUUAACUGCUUUUACAAUAGAAGGGUUAUUGAAAUCCAAACAAGUACAGGAGGAUACACAGUUUUAUUGGUGAGGCUUGGCAUCUCCAGGGUUAGUUAUCAUGUUUUCAGCAGCAUCCUCCGUCUGGAAGCAGCUGUGGGGGACAAUCCCGUUUACAGGCUUCACUCCUCCUGGGGCUGAGGCCCAAGUCAGAUCUCUGCUUCAGCCUUUUCUUUCUUUCUUUUCUGUCCAUAAACCCAGCUCGUGCAUAAGAACUUGGGCUCUGGAAUGAGACUGCCGCAGGCUGAAACCUGGGCUCUUGGACUUGGUUCCAAUGUCUCUGCUCUGCCUGGCAUCUCCCUCGUGGGCAUCAGGGAGACAGUUAAUGCCCUGCUCUUGGGCUGUGCCCAGCAGAGCAAGCACUCGCUAAACCUGGCAGAUGCUGCCACGAGCUGUCUCGGUGAUAAAUUUGACAUUCACACCCCAGAAAGUGCGGGACGGAAGACAGAACACAGGCCUCGGGGUCCUUGGACCGAGGUGGGAGCGCUGGUUCUCGGAGUCACCGGCAGUAGGACUCUGGGUCUCCUGUGAAGUAGGAGCUGCAGGGUUACCGUAAAGACCCAAUGAGGUGAUCCGUGGGAAAAAUCUUCAAACUUGUAAAACACUUCACAAAUGUUAUUAUUUGUGACACAGCUGUCACUAAUAACGCCGCCUGCGGCUCACUGAGGCCCUCUACCCCCCCCCCCACCUCCUCCAAAUCU